AUGUCUGAGUUCAUUAUUCCUACCGUUGAUAUCGGCCCUUAUCUCCAAUAUCCAACGUCCAAAGAGGCCGAAGUUGUGAUGGGUAAGAUCUAUCAAGCAUGUAUCACGAGUGGGUUCUUUCAAUUGGUUGGUCAUCCUAUCCCCUCGAGUCUACAAGAGAAGGUCUUUGAAGGAGCGCAAGCACUCUUUGCUCUGCCGAUGCAUGAGAAAGAGACUCUUGUCUCAAAAGCCGGUGGACUAGGAAACCAGGGGUAUGAAAUCAUUGGUGCCCAAGCUCUGCAGAAAAACACCCUUCCGGAUCUAAAGGAGGGAUUCUUUGUAGGAGAGGAAUUCACUCCUUCUGUCAUCGCUUCGAACCCGUCUAUCUUCGCGCCUAAUGUCUGGCCAACUGCCCUCCCCUCCACUUCAAUCACACCUGCAUCGUUCAAAUCCACGAUGCUUGAGUAUCAAUCACGUUGCGUGGAUUUGACCAAAGUCCUUCUGUCGCUUUUGGCCCGCGUGCUCCCUUAUGGCCCUCAUAUUUUUGAGACCUUUAGCGCUGACCCUUCGCUCGCGGUGAUCAGGCUCUUACAUUACCCUCCUCAGGAUUGCACAGACCCGCGCCAACUAGGUGCAGGUGCUCACACUGACUUCGGAGCCCUAACUCUAUUGCUUCAGGAUGGUGAGAAUGCAGGGCUGGAGGUUCUGGACUCCGACGGAGAGUGGCAGGCAGUGCCGCCUGUGAAGCACGCUCUCGUGGUUAACGUCGGGGAUAUGCUGCAUCGAUGGACAAACGGGAGAUUCAAAAGCUCGGUACAUAGAGUCAUCAACAGGAGCGGGAGGGAUAGAUACUCUGUGCCCUUCUUCUACGAUGGGAACCCGGAUUGUAGGCUGGUUCCAUUCGAGGUUGCAGCUAAAACAGGGGACGGGAACCCCCUAUACCAAGACUACAUCACCGUGGCUGAUCAUAUGAAGGAAAGAUAUGCGGCAACUGUAUUAAAGAAGUCAGAAGCUACUGCAUCGUAG